UGUGACGGAGGAUUAGACAACAUUAGUGGAGUCAUGCUUCACACAGCCAUAUCUUGCUGGCAGCCAUUUCUAAGUCUGGCUGUGCUGCUACUUUUCAUAGGCUCCACCCUAGGUUGCCCAGCUCGCUGUGAAUGCUCAGCACAGAAUAAGUCUGUCAGUUGUCACCGGAGACGCCUGAUUGCCAUCCCUGAGGGCAUCCCCAUAGAGACCAAAAUCUUGGAUCUUAGCAAAAACAGGCUAAAGAGUAUCAAUCCGGAGGAGUUCACCGCUUUCCCUUUGCUUGAAGAGAUAGAUCUGAGCGAUAACAUCGUGGGCAAUGUUGAGCCUGGGGCCUUUAACAGCCUAUUUAAUUUGCGUUCUCUGCGGCUGAAAGGGAAUCGUCUGAAGCUGGUCCCUUUAGGAGUCUUCACCGGCUUGUCAAACUUAACAAAGCUGGAUAUUAGCGAGAACAAGAUUGUCAUCCUGCUGGAUUACAUGUUCCAGGACCUGCACAACCUCAAAUCCCUUGAGGUUGGGGAUAACGAUCUGGUUUACAUCUCCCACAGGGCCUUUAAUGGAUUGCUCAGUCUGGAGCACCUCACUCUGGAAAAAUGCAACCUAACUGCUGUACCAACAGAAGCCCUUUCCUACCUUCACAACCUCAUCAGCCUGCACCUGAGACAUCUCAACAUCAACCUGUUGCCUGCGUAUGCCUUUAAGAGAUUGUUCCACCUGAAAAACCUAGAAAUAGAUUAUUGGCCUAUGCUCGACACGAUCCCUGCCAACAGUCUUUACGGCCUGAACCUCACUUCUCUCUCCGUUACCAAUACCAAUUUGUCCACAAUCCCUUAUGUCGCUCUGAAGCACCUGGUUUACCUGACCCACCUGAAUCUUUCCUACAACCCCAUCAGCACAAUCGAAUCUGGCAUGCUUGCAGAUGUGUUGCGCCUGCAAGAGUUGCACAUAGUGGGAGCCCAGCUGCACGCCAUUGAACCUCAUGCUUUCCAAGGCCUUCGAUUCCUCCGCGUGUUAAAUGUGUCCCAAAACCUGUUGGAAACUCUGGAAGAGAAUGUUUUCCAUUCUGUCAAAUCCCUGGAAGUUCUCUGCAUAAGCAACAAUCCCCUGGCUUGCGACUGCCGCUUGCUCUGGAUCUUACAAAGGCAACCCAUGCUGCAGUUUGGUGGCCGGCAACCCAUGUGUGCCGGUCCAGACAGCGUCAAAGAGAGGCCAUUUAAAGACUUCCACAGCACUGCCCUUUCUUUCUACUUCACUUGCAAGAAGCCCAGGAUAUAUGAAAAGAAGCUGCAGUACUUGGUGGUUGAAGAAGGGCAGACGGUGCAGUUCUUGUGUCAUGCCGAGGGAGAUCCUCAGCCGACCAUCGCCUGGUUGACACCACGACGGAGACUGGUCACCGCAAAAUCCAGCGGGAGAGCAACGGUGCUCACAGAUGGUACACUUGAGAUCCGGUUUGCUCAAGAUCAAGAUAGUGGGAUUUAUGUUUGUGUGGCCAGCAAUGCUGCUGGAAAUGACACCUCCUCAGCCACCCUCACCGUCAAGGGGUUUGCCUCAGAUCGUUUUCUUUAUGCCAACAGGACUCCUAUGUACAUGACAGAUUCCAAUGACACCAGUUCCAAUGGAACCAAUGUGAAUACAUUUGCUCUGGACCUUAAGACAAUACUGGUGUCGACGGCCAUGGGCUGUUUCACCUUCCUUGGUGUGGUUUUAUUUUGUUUCUUACUACUUUUUGUCUGGAGCCGUGGGAAAGGCAAGCAUAAAACCACCAUCGACCUCGAGUACGUGCCCCGUAAAAACAAUGGUGCAGUGGUGGAAGGGGAGGUUUCAGGACCACGCAGGUUCAAUAUGAAAAUGAUUUGAUGGUUGUGCUCUAGCGUUAUUAAUUUUGCCCCUUUCCUUCUUCUGUGGCAUUCGAACCAAUUCAACACGCUUGGCAAGUAAGGAGGCCAGGCUGGAGGCAGGCUCCGCUUGGCCACCGCCGUGUCAAGCAGUAGAUGGAAAUCAAAGAGACUAUCUCAGAUUGUACAGCAGAGCCUCAUGUUUCGAGGUGGUGUGAGUGGGAGGGCUUUUUUCCUUUUUUUCCUUUUUAUUUUUUGCAGAGUUUGGCAUACAGCACUAAUUGUUUGCAUUGCAAAUUUUAUGGCGUUCUGGGGAUUUCAGUAACAAACGGUUGGCUCCUGGACACUUAUUGGAAACAUUUUUAUCACUAUAAAGCAAACAAACAAAAAAGAAUCCCUACAGUAUAGGAUUUCAUAUUUUAAAUGUGAGAAAGAAAGAGAGAGAUGGAUUUGUUUACAACCUACUCUGCAGUAAAAAUUUGCAUCUAUAGCUCAUUUGCUAAAUCCUUGCAUCUUUACCUUCUAGUUGGUUCAACACUGCAAAAAUCAAUGUAUUACUGUAACAUAUACAUAUAUGUGUGUAUGUAGUACAGUAAUACACACACACUAUGUAUAGUUUAAAGCAAUACAGGUGAGAAAUUUUGUUCCAUCCACAGUGACUGAUCCAAGUGUGACAUCCCUCAUCCCAAAUUUCUAGCCAAAUUUCAAAAUUGGACUUCUGAAACAAUUAGAGACAAUAGUGUCUGAGAUUUGAAUUUACAUCCAAGACAUGAAGGAAAUAACCAAAUCAGACGAAUUUGUUGAACACUAUUGUGGUUCUCUUCAUGUAAAGACAAGGCACACACUUAAUUUUAAUACAAAAUGGAUUUUAAAAAUACAGACGUGGGAUCACACUAGAACAGUUCACUGUAAAAAGGUGGAGAUCUAACCUUGACCACUUUUGGAGGCAUAAAAUCUGGCAGAUCACACCUGAAGGACAAACCCUUCUAUUUAUUUUUUAUCAUGCCCUGCCAAACACACCUUCAUCCACCACCAUUGCCACAUCUGUUUCAAUUUCUGAUCUAUCGUUUAGAAAAGGUGAACAUGUCCUAGGAAAAUGAACCAGGGCAGUGUAUUUUCACUUCCUUAGGAAAAAAACCUGUCAGUGUUGCAUUUAUGGAAGCAAAUGAAAAAAAAAUGUACAAAAAUUUGGGGGGAUAGAAAUAGGCCCUCCCUGAUGCCAAGAAACUAAAUUUGGUAUAAGAACAGGAGAUGCCAUUCACUUUUGUUCAGGCCACAUUAUUGCCAAACUAUAAUGUCAGUUUUGUAUUUAUUGGUGGUGAAGGCUGAACAACAGAGUCCUCCUGCUGUGUCUUCUUCAUGCAAAGAUGUCCUGGCUACUUGACCCUGUAAGAAAAAACAAACCAGAAAGGUACUGUUUCUGUUUUCAAUAUAGUAAAGCAAAGAAUUGAGAGUGGGGAAUCAAGUCUCUUUUGGGUUAUGUAAAACACAACCGAAUGAAUUUUAAGAGCAUUUUGCUUUUUUUUUUUUUUUUACUUAAUCCCUUGCAACACAUAUACGAGAGUCAUACACCCAGUGUGAAUAAGCACCUGCUAAGGAAAAUAAUGUAUGCCUUUGGUAUUAAAAUUCAAAGCAGAGGUAGGGAAGCAUUUGCCUGCAAGGUAACUCCCACAAUUCCUUUCAGGGGGGACACACUAAUUGAUGGAAGUAGUCCAAAGGCAGAAAGAACAAAGGUGCCCCUCCAAUUAUAUACACCAUUCAAUGGAAUGGGAAUUUAUAAUGGGUUUUAUUGUGUGCAUGGAGAGAGACAGAGAAAGAGACAUUUUUCCCCAAAGAAUAAUCAUGUCUGCUACUUGAUAUUGUCGAACAUCAUGGUUGCCAUUGCUGAAAAGAAUUGUUGAAGAACAUGGCUGCCAUUGCUGAAGAAAAGAAACAUUCAGGGUAAGCUGGUGGUUCAGAAAUUAGACUAUGCAGAAGGGGCCAAGUCCUCAGUGCCACUAAAUAUUCCUUCGGGAAACUGCCAUGUGUGGUACAGGUUUACGAUAUUUUCUCCUCCUGCCACAGGUUCAAGGGCAAUCAAGCAAAGCGGGGGGAAAACUACUGUGUGAAUUAGCUUUAGAAAGGCAAAGGCUUCAUUCCUUGAAUUUGUGUUAAUUAUUGUUAGAAAGUCAUCACUCUUUAAUUGUUCAUGUUGCCAAUUGCCUACUUACAUUUACUUGCCUUCCCCCUCCCCCCAAUGUGGAAGUCCAUACGGGCAGGAAUAGAUUGGAACCUGGGAAUAAUAUGUACAAGGCAAAUUUUCUUGAGCUGUUUAUUUUUAUUUAUGUGUUAGCUGUUUGUUUUGCUUUCUGUGUUCUCUCUCUCAAGAUAAUAAAGAAGCACUAUGGGUUAAUAGUGGUAUGACAAAAUUGAGGUGUUGUGUUCUGUUGCUUGUUGAAAUACAACUCCCUGAAUUCCUACAGUCACUAUAAUGAUUUGGGGGGGGUUCUGGGAGUU